GGAGGCAGCCAGCCUCUAUAAAAAGCGAAAGAGCUCUGGCGGCAUCGAGGGGACAGCACUGAGCUCUGCCGCCUGGCUAUAGCCGCCUGCCCGGGCACCUGCCUGGACCCUUGCCCACCCUUGGCCAUGGCUCCAAUAUCUCUCUGGUGGCUGCUCCACUUGGCCACCCUCUGCCAUCUGACUGUCCCGCUGGCCGGACAGCACCACGGUGUGAGGAAAUGCAACAUCACGUGCAGCAAGAUGACGUCGAAAAGGAUACCUGUGACUUUGCUCAUCCGCUAUCAACAUAACCAGGCAUCGUGCGGCAAACCUGCCAUCAUCUUGGAGACAAGAGAGAACAGGCUGUUCUGUGCUGACCCGAAGGAGAAGUGGGUCCAGGAAGCCAAGCAGCAUCUAGACCGCCAGGCUGCUGCUCGGACUCAAAAUGAUGGCACCAUUGAGAAGCUGAUCGGCGGGAAGACGCCCUGGACCAUCCCUGCCGCCGGGGUAAUGGAGGAGUCCGUGGUCCAGGAGCCCGAAGCCACAGGUGAAAGCAGUAGACUGCAGCUGACCCCUUCUUCACAGGAGGAACAGAGGGCCCUGGGGACCUCCCCAGAGCUGCCGACGGGAGUGGCUGUUUCCUCAGGGACCAGGAUCCCCCCGACACCAAAGGCUCAGGAUGGAGGGCCUGCGGGCACGGAGCUUUUUCGCCUGCCUCCUGUCUCUACUGCUUCCUCGUGGCAGAGUUCUGCUCCCCACCAACCUGGGCCCACUUCUGACGCCCCGUCCACCCAGGCCCCCUCCACCCAGGCCCCCUCCACCCAGGCCCCCUCUGCCCAGGCCCCCUCCGCCCAAGCUCCCUCCACCCAGGCCCCCUCCGCCCAGGCCCCCUCCACCCAAGCUCCCUCCGCCCAGGCCCCCUCCACCCAGGCCCCCUCCACCCAGGCCCCCUCCACCCAGGCCCCUUCCACCCAGGCCCCCUCCAACCAGGUCCCCUCCACCGAAGCCCCCUCCACCCAGGCCCCCUCCACCCAGGCUCCCUUCACCCAGGCCCCCACUACUUCCUCCCCAGCCCCAGAGAACACUGGGUCUGAAGGCCAGCCCGUGUGGAGGCAGGGACAGAGCCCCAGGCCAGUGCCGUCUCUGGAGCCGGAGAUGGGUCCCGUGCCAGCGCACACGGAUGCCCUCCCGGACUGGGGACCUGGCAGCAUGGCCCACAUCUCUGUGGUCCCUGUCUCCUCAGAAGGGACACCCAGCAGGGAGCCAGUGACUUCAGGCAGCUGGACCCCUAAGUCUGAGGAACCCAUCCAUCCCACCUCAAAUUCCCGGAGGCAGAUCAUCCUUAUCACUCCUACCUCUGACACCCAGGAAGCCACCAGGAGGCAGGCGGUGGGGCUGCUGGCCUUCCUAGGCCUCCUCUUCUGCCUGGGGGUGGCCAUGUUUGCCUACCAGAACCUCCAGGGCUGCCCUCGGAAGAUGGCGGGAGAGAUGGUGGAAGGCCUUCGCUACGUCCCCCGGAGCUGUGGUAGUAACUCCUAUGUCCUGGUGCCUGUGUGAGCUCCCCCGGCCUGGGUCUAGUUGUUUGACUCAGACAGCUGCCUGGGGUCCCUCAUCCUCAUACCCACCCCCACCUAAGGGCCUGGCCUGAGCUGGGAUGAUUGGAGCAGGGAGGUGGGAUCCUCCAGGUGCACAGGCUCCAAGCUCCCAGGCACACCCAGGAGGCCAGGCUUGACUACUCUCCACCUUCCAGGGACAGACGGGGUGGCCUCCUAAGUCACCCCAGCCCCAAAACUCUCCUCUGCUGCUGGCUGGUUAGAGGUUCCCUUUGAUGCCAUCCCAGCCCCAAUGAACAAUUAUUUAUUAAAUGCCCAGCCCCCUCUGACCCAUGCAGCCCUGUGAGUACCACAGUCCUCCCAUCUCACACGUGAGCCUCAGGCCAGGCCCCUCUGCCCACUCCCCCAGGCCUCAUUAUGUCUCCUGGUCCUGCUGAGGUUGACAGUCACCCCGGUCACCUGUGGUGCUAUCUCCCCAGCCCCUCUGUACAGAGCCCACUCCCCACUGGUGACGUGUCUUUUCUUGCAUGAGGCUAGUGUGGUGUUUCCUGGCACUGCUCCCAGUGAGGCUCUGCCAUGGCUUAGGCAUUGUGGGAAGGGGAGAUGAGGCUGUCUGGUGGCUUUGACAACUGGUGGCUUUCCUCCUUGGCCUAUGCUGUGCUAAGUCUGAAGGCUGGGUUCUGAUCCUAGUUCCACCAUCAACCCACAAAGUUACUCCCAUCUGUGAAAGGAAAGAGGGGGGCAAGGAAUACCCAUCCCCCUGACAUCGCUCAUUGACCUGAAGCCCUUCUCUCCAGUCCCAGAUGCAGCCUCCCAGUCCUUAUUAGCAGACCACUUAGUUCCUCCCGAUGGACUAACUUGUCUUUGGACCCUGAGACCCAGAGGGCCUGCAAGGGAGUGAGUUGAUAGCACAGAUCCUGCUCUGUGGGUCCCCAGAUGGAGGUGGGCAGAGCAGAGACCAUCCCUGAAGGCCCCACCCAGGUUCAGCCACUGAGACAGCCCGAGCUCUGCCUCCCCCCACCCCCUAAGAGGGAGAAGGGAGGGCUCCAGGCACAUGUCUAAGAAGCCCAGGAAAGGUUUCAGGAGCAGCCACACUCCUGACGCUCCUUCAGGGACUCCCACAGGCAGCCAGGCCUUGAGACCCUCGUGAUCCCACCCCACACAUGUCAGAUUCUUUCCUGAAGUCUGGGUUCCCCUCCCACCUCUCUCACUCCUUGAAAACACUGUUCUCUGCCCUCCGAGAACUUCUCCUUCAUCUUUGUCCCCACCGCAGACAGGACCAGGGAUUUCCAUGUUUCCACGUGUCCCCUGUUUGUUUCUGAAAGGGACUCUACCCGGGAAGGAGGGUGGGACAUGGGAAAGGGCAAGUUGUAAGCAUAAAGUCAUGGCUUCCCUUUUUGGGCUACUGAAGGCUCAAGCAUGCCUGGAUGGGGUUGCACCUGCCAGCCUGGCCCCUCAGAGUCCCUCGUGGCAGCUCACCUCUCCCUUGGAUUGUCCCCAAGGCUGACCCUUGCCCUCUACCUGAGGGGCCUCUCGUCGUGGGCUGGAUUCUACCCAGGUGCCAGGAACACACAUUCACAGAUGGAUGGUUGGAGGAAGGAAAUGCAGCUCUGGUCCACAGAGAGCAGGAAGCUGUGUGGCCCUGCCCACCCGGCCUCUGCACUCCCUUGCUGGGCAUGGUGCAAUAUAUUCAGGAAGCUCAGGGAAUGGCUCAAGUGGGCUCACUCUGGCAGCUCAGAGAGGGUAACAGUGGGUCCGAUGCACUUUGUUCUGGCUCUUCCAGUCUGGGAGAGCCUUCCAGGGGUGGGGCACCCGCUGAUGGGGCCCCUCCUCCUUUGUGAGGAAGCUGCUGGGGACAGCUGGUCCCCCUUCCAUGGACACUGUUAGUUUCUCCAAGCGGGACAUGGAUGAGGAUGAUGUAGGAAGAUUUGGAAAGGGUAGAUUGAUCCUUUGACUUUUCCAACCCUCAUCACCAAUGUCUGUGCCGUUUUGUAUUUUACUAAUAAAAUGUAAAAGUCUUGUGAA